GAAGAGAUAGCGAGAGGAAAAACUGCUCGCUAUUUUUUCAACAGAGCCCCUUCUCUUAAGUCGCUGAAUGUUUAAGAAAAUUCCUUGCCACGAUCAUUACCUGAGCUACUUGACUUAUUGAAUUUUGUACAUGUCUUGAACUGAAUUUUGAACAUUCCAGGUGGAGCUUUCCGUCAUCACGAAGCGUUUUGCUUUGCUCGAAAAAUGACACCCACUGAGCUUCUUCACAUCUCUUCGCGUGGCCGCACUCAAGUAUCAAGGACGUAUGUACCGCAUAUCCCGUCGAGAUCUCUUUAAAGCAUAAGAUUAUUCUGCGGAUCCAAGACGAGAUAAGAGUUCUCUUUCGGAGUGGUUGAACGUUACCCAAUUCCAAUCGCCAUAGCUUCUACACGACCAGAUUGCAACUUGAGUUAUAGAGACUUAGUGUGGACAACUCAAAUUGCAAAUGCCAAAAGCGAUACGGUGAGGAAGAUAUGACAAGAAAAGUCGUCAAAUUCAUUAGAUUUCUCUGGAGUAUGAAUCGAUGUACUCCACAGACGAUAACUGAAGUUUCUCUCUGAAAGGAGAACGAUAGAUCAGAGGACGGUUGAGAGACUCGAAGUAGACCUUUCAAUGGCGGUAUCCACUUUAGUGAAAUCUGCAUCCCGGCAAGCGAGGAGCAUCUAUAAACGUCAGCAAAUUCGAUCGAGGGUCAUCGACAAAUUCAUCAACUCGGAGGAGUACUACAUUUUUCUGAAGCAUGGAUGCAGUCGCCAUGGCAAGAGGAAGGUAAAUUCACGGCCCAAAAUGAAAUUCUCAAAGAAUGAUACAGAACUGCCAGUUGCGAACAUAGGAAAAAUAUUUUGCAUGAUUCUUGAAAUAAUGACCUCCUUCGUCGAGCUGCUUCAUAGGUUCUACUUAAGAUAGCUAAUUUUCUUCCAUACGUGACUCAAGAGUAGCAUUAAAUGCAAAUAAAUCUCUUCUGGAAACAGAAAGCUUUGCG